GCCCACGGCCACGAGGGAGGCCCAGCAAAACCAUCCCUAGUCGCCGUGUGAACGGACCGAGCGCGCCGCCAGCCCUCUUGUUCCGAAGUGCCCGAGUCCGCCGCUCCACUCCUCCGUGAUUCCGUCCAUUGGUCUGCCCGCUAGGUGCUAGUGCCGGCAGCCCGCCACUCCUCCGCUCACUCAGGUCCUGAAGCUCUCAUCCACUGCAGUCGCCGGCACCGCUUGCAGCCGCCGACAGCUUGUUGUAGCUCGCUAGCUAAACGGUCAGAGCUGCUGCACUGAGCCGAGCUGGCUCCGUACCCACGCUUACUCCUAUCCUUCAAAAUCGCGGCGCCACUAAUCUAAAGCCCUAAACCCAUGAUGCAGCCGCCGCACCACCUCCCUCUCCAUCGCCAGUACCCCAGCCUCGCCUCCGUCGCCUAUGGGGCAACAGCCUAAGCCGCCCGCGUCCCCAUCCCCACCGCCGUGCCCGCCCUCGGACCCGGACCCAGGCAGCGGCUUCGACCCCAUCGAGGAGUGGCUCGUGGACUUCGACCCAGCCAUGUUGAGCGAGCUAGAGGCCAAGGGCCCCGAACUCGCUGAGCAAGCGGCGGUUCCGCACACGCUGGAGACGGCGGCGCAAAAGAGCUUCGACCUCGAGUUUGGUGUGAAGGACCAGAAGGUCGAGGUGGUGAGCAGCGAAUUGGACGGGCUGCUUGCCCUAGAUCACCUUCUUGUGUCUGGGAUCGACGAUUUGGCCAUGAGAGAGGAUAUUCCAGAGAAAGCGGUUGCUAUGAAGAUGGCUGCCACACCGCCUGCAGCUGCUGAUACUGAGAUGAAUGCCACGAUAUCCGUUGAAGUGGAAUCGGAAGGUGGCAAAGAAGGGCAGGAGGCACCGGCCACACCUGCUGAUGCUGAGAUGAUGAAUACCAUGGUGUCCGUGGAAGUGGAAGCUCAAGGUGGCAAGGAAGGGCAGGAGAGCAGCGAUGAAGAGUCGGAAUUAGAGAGUAGCGAGGAUGAUGACGAGCUGUCAUCCAGCGAGGAUUCCUCAAGCAGCGAGGACGAGAAAGAGCAGGGGGUCAACAACGAUGAGGAAUCAAGUGAAGCCUCAAGCAGCGAAGAGGAAGGGCGGGAAGUUAGGAGGCAUGGUGGUAACUGGUAAGGCUGAUAACCCUCCGACGUGACGAAGUUGAUCACCUUCCCCUGGGAGUCGUCGAGCACGCGGAGGAUGGUGUCGUCCUCGGACACCUGAGCGACCAUGGCUCCCGUCGCCGUCCCCUUGCUCCACUCGCUGAGCGCAGAGAACGAGGCCACCACUCUCUUCGUGAAGGUCCAGCGUGUGAUGAAGUCCAGCCAUGGCGACCUCAGCUGCAUGCAUUUUGGACACCAGAAACGGAAAUCAGAACCGUCGUGUGACUCUCUCUGUUAGUGAUAGGACGGUACUAUGGCCGAUGGGCCGGGGAGCCGGCGGGAGGCUGUGACCUGGAGGACGGCAAUCCAGAAGUGACCGUUUGACCCGAGACGAAUGUUGUCCGGCCACCCCGGAAGGUCGACGAAUGUCUCUGCCUCGCCGGCCUUAUCCCCUUUCAGCCACACUUUGAUGCACCUGAACCUGCAGCAUGCGAGCAGUUUAUGAUGACGAUCCGAACUCCGAGUGGUUCGUUCGUUCAGUUCACUUCAUGGUCUCACAGACGACGACGAAGGCCUCGUCCCUCGGCAGCGCAACGCCAUUGGCGAAGCCGAGUCGGUCGAGCACGACGGGCGUCUCGCCGUUGCGCGGGUCAUACCGGAGCAGGCAGCCGGUGGAGCUGAACUCUAGGAAGUCGUGGAACCACCGAUCGAAGCCGAACCUGGUGUUGGUGUCGCUGAAGUACACCGUGCCGUCGGAGGCCUCGAUCGCCGCGUUCGCGAACCUGGCGGCGGAACGGCCGGCGGGCGGCGCUGGCGCUGAUGCGGCUG